AAAGAAACCUUAAUGCGGUAGAAGAAAAAGCUUUCUAAAACUGGUCUGUCUUAAUAAGGAUUUGUAAUGAGUCAGGGAAAAAUGUUGUGGCACGCAGAACUCAUGUAAACCCUCUGGCGUCAGACUUCGGGAAUCUAGCUUAAUGGUCUCAAACUUCCUAGAGCUGCUUUCAGGCCAAGGCUUUUCACCAUGCCUUGGCAAUGCAAGAGAGGUUAUGUUUAACCCCCCAAAAGUCUUUUCUUUUAUAGGAAGAUGCCACCUGAACAGCCAUAGGAAGAGGAAUGCUACUUGCAGGGGAAGAACAAAUAAAUGAACCAAGCUACAGUAAUUUUGGCACAGCUGAGCUUCUCAGGAGUGAUGGAAGAAUUAAACCUGUGUUCUGUCUCAGAAGCAAAGUGGAAAAAUCCCUAACCUUAUCAACACCACCUAGCUUUUUGAUUUCAUAGCUUUUAUUGCCAGUAGCUUUUAUUUGUGCUUUCAGGUAGUUCUUACUACUUCCUAGUAGCUGGUAGUUUCUAUUACCAAAAUGUGGUAGUUUUUUCUCUUUUAAGAAUGUUUCAGGUAAAUCAGGGUAGUUAGAUGAUGCCUUAAAGCUUACUGAAUGCUGUGAAGGCUCAGUCUGACUCAGAAAGCAAGAGCAAGCAGGAAACUUCAGUGUGCACUGUCUGGGAGGUGGUGCUAAACCCUGAUAUUCAUAUCAGCUUUCCAGAAAGUACGUAACUUCUGGGUGAGUUGCCUCAAUGGCCAGAGUGCAAAGUGCAUGGUGGCUGCUUGUCAUGCAGAGCUUGGCUGGCACUGUCCUUGCUGGGGACCAGUCGGUGGCUGCGGUCUCUGAGCCCCAACCGAGUCAUCACCAGCUUCAUUCAAGAUGCCACCGGCCGUCGGAGGCCCUGUGGGAUAUACUCCCCCUGAAGGAGGAUGGGGAUGGGCUGUGGUCAUCGGAGCUUUCAUCUCCAUUGGGUUUUCCUACGCUUUCCCCAAAUCCAUCACUGUGUUCUUCAAAGAGAUUGAGGUAAUCUUCAACGCAUCUAGCAGCAAAGUCUCGUGGAUCUCCUCCAUCAUGCUGGCUGUUAUGUAUGCCGGAGGUCCCAUCAGCAGCAUCCUGGUGAACAAAUACGGCAGCCGACCCAUCAUGAUCGUGGGUGGGUGCCUCUCUGGGUGUGGUUUGAUUGCAGCUUCUUUCUGCAACACUGUGGAGGAGCUCUACUUCUGCGUGGGGGUUGUAGGGGGCCUUGGACUUGCAUUUAACCUGAACCCAGCCUUAACCAUGAUUGGCAAGUACUUCUUCAAGAAGCGUCCCCUGGCAAAUGGACUGGCUAUGGCAGGCAGCCCUGUGUUCCUGUCGACCUUGGCGCCCGUGAACCAGAUGUUCUUUGGUAUAUUUGGCUGGCGAGGGAGCUUCCUCAUCCUUGGUGGUCUCCUGCUGAACUGCUGUGUUGCUGGGUCCCUCAUGCGGCCAAUUGGCCCCAAGCCAGACCAGCUGAAGAAAGAGGCUGUAAAAGAGGUGUUGCAGGAAGCUGGGAAAGUGAAAAAAGAUGAUGGUGAUACUAGCACAGACCUCAUUGGUGGGAAGGCAAAGAAAGAGAAGAGCACACUCUUCCAGACGAUCAACAAGUUCUUGGACCUUUCCCUGUUCACGCACAGAGGCUUCCUGCUCUAUCUGUCGGGCAAUGUGAUCAUGUUUUUUGGGCUGUUCACUCCCUUGGUCUUCCUCAGCAAUUAUGCAAAGAGCAAGAAGAUUGCUAAUGAGUCUGCAGCCUUCUUGCUGUCCAUACUGGCAUUCGUAGACAUGGUAGCCAGACCUUCCAUGGGACUGGUGGCAAACACCAAGUGGAUCAGACCAAGAGUCCAGUAUUUCUUUGCCAUCUCCGUGAUUUACAAUGGGGUGUGCCACCUCCUGGCCCCCAUGUCCACUACCUAUGCUGGCUUCUGCAUUUAUGCUGGCUUCUUUGGCUUUGCCUUUGGCUGGCUUAGCUCGGUGCUGUUUGAAACCCUGAUGGACCUCGUGGGAGCACAAAGGUUCUCCAGCGCAGUCGGCCUUGUGACCAUUGUGGAGUGCUGCCCGGUGCUUCUGGGACCCCCUCUGCUCGGUAAGCUCAACGACAUGUAUGGUGACUACAAGUACACGUACUGGGCCUGUGGGGUCAUCCUCAUCAUCUCUGGGGUCUACCUCUUCAUCGGGAUGGGCAUCAACUACCGCCUGGUGGCGAAGGAACAGAAGGCAGAGGAGAAGACGAGGAACGAAGGGAAAGAGGAGGAGACCAAUAUUGAUGAGGCUGAGAAACAGAAAGAGGCAAACAAUGACGUGGCCACCUUGCCACAGAAGAGCACGGAAGAUGGUGUCAAAGAGGAAGAAAGCCACAUGUGAGGGACUGGUUUUAAUCCCAGUGUGUCAGGGGGAAGUGCUGCUGCCCUGAAGCGGUGUCUGGGGAAUGCUCUGCUGGUGUUGAGCAGCUGUGAGAAGUGUUUAAACCAGGUGUUCAUUUUUAACCAGGCUCUGAAUUGUCUUUCCAUCUGUGUUCAACAAAGGUAACAGAGCUAUGUGUGCAGUAUCCUCGCGUGUUUGGGGUGGGGGUGGGGGAAGGGAUGACUUUUUAUAUUCUGGCUUUUUAACAGUAACAUGAUUGUACUAAUACGUGCCUUACAGUCUUCAUAUCUAGCUGAAUCUGGAUGAGCCUUAACUCUACUCUGUAAACUGUGCUUUAGCUCUGUAUUCUGCUCGGGGUAUGGUGUGUGUGCGUGUGUGCAUGUAUUUUGAGGAGUUUGGUUGUUAAAAAGCCAUAAAAAGCAGGAUACUUCAUUUGUUGAAGCACAUGGGGUGUCAGGGCUAAGCCCCAGAUGAAUACUGCUUCACACGCUUCUUACUGCGGGCUCUCCACGAGGGGGAGAUCUGGGCAUGGGGGCAGGGGGGUCUUCAGCUCCUCUACCAGAUGCCUCCUGGCUCUGUUAGGUGGUCUUUAGGUAUGUUUUGAAAACACUUUAGCUACUGUAGUUCUUUAAAAAAAAAAAAAAAACAAAACUUCUUUUAUAGUUCUGUUCUCACGGGAUAUUCAGGUUG